AAAGCUGACAUCAGCAUGGCGAAGUAUUUUCCGCUUCAGCGACUUUAUAUCGAGUUUGGCUCACAUUCUGCUAUAUAUCAUUUGAAUUCUUGUGAUCUUUCUUCCACGAGUAUACUUAUUUUAAAAAAAACAAAGACGAGUAUAGUAGAAAAAAUGGAAGAUGUCAGCGCAAAUCCUCUUCAAUCUUAUUUAGAAAAUGAUGAAAACAUUGAUGAGAAGGAAGUGAAAGCGCAAGAAGAUUUAAAUGGAUCCAUUGAUGAUUCUUUCUCACUUAAUAAAUCUUCAGAAAUAGGAAGACAAUUUCAAAAUAUGAAGGAGCGGUUAAACUUAAGUUUAGACAACCUCCCACCACGGAGAAGGUCGUUCGAUUUGAACACUAGCGUGUCGUCGGAUCUAAGCAUCGAGUGUUCCAUCAUUGACGAAGAUAUCGAAAAAUCUCCUCAAAAUGGUUUUGAAGAAUUUUACAAGCAUUAUCGCAACAAGGUAAUCCGAAACGAACUUAGCUUAGUCAGCCAACACAAACAAGAUGGAAUUUACGUAGUCCCGUCGGUAAAGUCUUUACAGAUUUGGUUUGGUGUUUUGUUUAUACGAGAUGGACCAUACAAAGAGGGAAUAUUUCAUUUUACAAUUUACUUUAGCGACGAUUAUCCAGAAAGCGUACCUGUAUUGAGAUUCAAAAGUAAAAUUUUUCACCCACAAAUCGAAAUUAGAAGGGGAGUCUUAAACACAGAGCCCGUAUUUUUUAAAUCACCAAAUAAAAAAGAGUUUCAUGUUUGGGAACUACUGGAAUACGCUCGCUCUUGUUUUUAUCAUUUAAGAAUAAGCGAGUCAAAGAACAACGAGGCAGCAAAUCUAUUUAGGACAGAUUUGAACUUAUUUAAAGCUCGAUGCAGGUCAUCUGUUUUAGACUCAUUAUUAGAGUUUGAAGAACAGAGGCAUGUAGGAGAUUACGAUAACGAAAAUCCUUUUCGGUCACGUUUGAUUGAACAUUAUAUAAAAGAUGGCGUUAAAAAUAUAAUACUAACAAAAAGUUAUCGCCUCGAUAAGUCAGACGGAAUGGUUGAGUGGGCGAAAAAUCAGCUAGGUAAAGUAUUGAAUAAUAUAGCCUACUACAGUCCUGUUGGAAAGUCACGUGAUGUUGGAACUGAUCUACCACACUCUCAAAAAAAUAUUAAAGUGAUGCGACAAAAUAAAACAUCACCGAAGAAGCGUAUAAAAACUCCUGUACAUGAAGAAAGUUAACAUAUUAUGACAAAACUGGAGGUUUUUUUGAAUGAGGUAGAAAACUAUUAUCUUUUCCGACAUAUCGAGAGGGAAAAAAGGCGUUGUGCAUGUGUGAGCCUCAUGAUCAUGAGUGCAUAUUCACCUAAACGAAUGAAUGCACCAUUCUCCCUUCGUCAACCCCUCCCCCACCCUUCUUCCACCCUCCCCUCAAUCCCUUCCCUCGGCCCAACCCUUUUUUGUACGACCAGACGCGUAUAAUAGUGAACAUUUAUGUAAAAGCAGCUCUCUCUAGGAUCUAAAAACAGAAAAGUGGCGUGAAUUGGAUAGCCUCGUUUCAGACCUUUAUGUAUCAGUUUAGAAUUAGCGCGGGAUUUAGUUAUGAAUAUUGUUACAAAAUUUGUUAGCAAGUGUCUGUCAUAAAAGAAACCAUUUUAUUCCAACACUUAAACGUUUUUUGUUAAAACCUAGUGUACAAGGACUUUUACAUUCAGAAUUGGUACAAAAAUGAUAUUAUAUAAAACACACUGAAAUUUGUGAAGAGCUAGUGGAAUAAAAAAGACUGGUAAAAUGAACAUUCA